AUGAGCGCUGCCGCGGCGCGAGGCGGCUGUGUUUUCUCGUUGCCACAGAGAAGAUGUUGAGGUUCGUUGUCAGUUUUCAGCCGUCGGUCGGCGGACGCUGGGCUGGGAAUAGCGAUGAAGUGGCCGCAAGUGCUGUGUUACCCUUGCGCUGCGAUUAGCCCUUUAUUUUCUGAUGUAUGAUUCGAAAUUCUAUAGUAACGUUGUAAUAUACGGUAUCAGGAAAACUGGACGACGUUUUAAUGUUUGUUUUUUUCUCGGCACCCGUUGCUGGCAUGUCGGUUAACGGUUUUUGUGCCGUUAUCGCAAUGGGAAUGCAUUACGUUUUCACUUUCAUGUGUAUGUGACUGUGCCGUAGGAGAGGCCAGCCGGACAGAUAGUAAGGCUGCGUUGGGUUAAUACCGCCUGCCAGCGGCCGGUGUAGUGUGAUAGUCAGGCUCCCUGUACGCCCACUGACCGCUGCCAUCCUACAUGUCCUGACACCCAGCAGGGGUCUUUCUUCCCGACGUAUUCCGCUGAACAAGUCAAACAAGCGUCGGUGUGACGGGCCGGGUGCGUCUGAAUGACCGUUACCGGGCACCUCGGUAAGGCCGCCGCCCCCGCUGCGACCGUCGCCCUCCUCUCCUCUUCUCUCCGCUGAGCAGCCGCUGAAAAGGCAGCGGAGUCGUGUCUGAGGAGAAUCUGGAACGUUCCGAAGAAGGAGAACAUUUAAAUAUGGCGUCUCGCAUCUGCACCUCUGGCAGAUGUGCCAUCGAGGUUUUGUCCGUCAGCUUGUUUUUGCACCAAGGACAGAACACCUGAGCACAGACCCCCUGAGAAUGCACACCAGCCGCAGCCCUGCCUCCCUCCCCGGCGGCCUGGCAGGCGAAGCCCUGGACCUGAGCCUCACGGGCUCCCAGCUCACGGUGACCCGCCGGCCCUGUAGCGCCUCACCCGGCAAACACCUGUCGCGCUCUGUGUCGGUGUCGGCUGCCGGUGAGGGCCGAGGGAAGCGCAACACCCUGGCUGAAGCUGGACUGGGAGCUUCCCGGUCCAUCAAGAACCUGCGGCGGUCCAACAGUACCACUCAGGUGAACCAGCGGACGAACCUCACCAUCAGUGAGGACAAGAGCGAGGACUUCCUCACUUUUCUGGACAGCAGCUCGGAUGGCAGGAGGAAGCUGGCCAGCCUUGGCAAGGCGUCCCCAGACCGCACCACCUGGAACAUCCUGGACGACCAGCCGCGGGCCUUCCCUGUGUCCCCCAGCACUCGCAGUGCAGGCAGCCUGGACUCACCCACGGGCCUUAAGAAGAGGGAGGCGGGCGUGGCACUGGCAGCCAACUUCACUGCCAACAACCGGAGCAACAAGGGCGCCGUGGGAAACUCAGUCACGCCCAUCCUGCAUAACAACCACUCCGAGAAGCCGCUCACGCCCAAGAGCUCCAAUCAAAAGCCUUCCUUCAACAACCUCAUCAAAGCCACGGCAGGCGAUGAGGCCCCCCCAGAGGGUGGGUCUCUCACCAAGUCCCAGAAGAACUUCUCCUCCUCGCCGUGCUCCAACGGCAACGCUCCAUGCGGCAGCCCCUCCCAGUCUCGGCGGCGUGAGGUCACUGAGGAGGAGGCCGAGAGGUUCAUCCAGCAGGUGAACCAUGCUGCCGUAACCAUCCAGCGCUGGUUCCGGCGGCACUCUCAGAGGCAGCGAGCCGGAGAAGCCGCUCUCCGCCGUCUGCUGGCCGCCAAGAAGCGGGAGCGGGAGCAGAAAGUGGAGGAAGUUGGAAAGACCCCGGAGCUGCAGAAGAAGAAAGACGAGGACAGGAAGCGGAUCCGUGAGGAGAAGGCGCGGUUGGCUCGGGCUGCCGCCAUACAGGAACUGCAGCAGAAGAGGGCCGACCGUGCUGCAGAGGUCCAGAGGGUGGCUCAGCAGGAGUUGGGGGCCCUGAGGCAGGAUGGCAAGGUGGGCCGCAAGAAGACUGCCAAGGUGUCUCCCAGCAACAAGAGCGCCGCACCGCCCAGCAGCAACAAGAGCGCCGCACCGCCCAGCAGCAACAAGAGCGCCGCACCGCCCAGCAGCAACAAGAGCGCCGCACCGCCCAGCAGCAACAAGAGCGCCGCACCGCCCAGCAGCAUCAAGGCUAAGAACACAGACACCAACAUGAACGUGGCAGAGCAUCCGGCUGACACAUCCAACCUGAGGGUGGCAUCUCCCACCGCCUCACAGGGCCGGGGCUCCCACAGUUCCCAGGAACUCAUACAAAGGACCGUUAGUUUGGAGGACCAGCAGCAGGUUGCACCGUCGAGUAGAACACAGUCCAAAACCACACUGAAUGACCUGCUGGACACCCUGAAGCUACUGGAGGAGGACCCGAUGGAGCCCAAGAGCUACAAGAAGGAAAAGUAUGCCUGGAUUGACCAGGAAAGAGACCCCAUCUCUCUGACAGCGGAUAACUUGGAGCGCCAUGGUCAGCUGAGCCAGGUAUCUGCCCUACCAGAUGGGGGCGCCUUGCUCUCUGAGGCCAAGCUCCAGAGCAUCAUGAACUUCCUGGACGAAAUGGAGAAAUCGGAACAGGAGCGCCCUCGCUCUGUCACCUCGGGCUCCCACAGAGAGGGGCUGCUGUCGGAGGAGGAGCUGGUCGGCGUGGAACAGGCGUCUGCCACAGCGGCCGAGGUCACCAGCAACAUGAUGAGGUUGAAGCUGGAGCUGGAGGAGAAGAAGCGCUCUGUCACAUUGCUGCAGACUGCGCUGGCCCAGCAGCGGGAUCUGACAGCACGCCACGUCAAGGAGACUGAGAAGGAGCUGAAGCAUAGCUUCCAGCUGCAGAAGGAGCAGUAUGAAUCCACCAUCCAGAGACACCUGGCCUUCAUAGAUCAGCUGAUUGAUGAUAAGAAGGCCCUAAACGAGCGCUGUGAGAGUGUGGUGGCUGAGCUCAAACAGGUGGACCAGAAAUACACGAAGAAGAUCGCCCAGAUGCAGGAGCAGCAUGACCUGGUGUGGCACGUUCUGGGUCCGUUAUGUGAGGAGAUCAAGAAACUGAAAGAGUUAAUGGGCGCCACAGAGAGGAUUCGACGUGAGAAGUGGAUCGACGAGAAGACCAAGAAGAUCAAGGAGAUCACAGUGAAAGGUCUGGAGCCUGAGAUCCAGAAGCUGCUCUCCAAGCAGAAGCAGGAGCUGUCCAGGCUGCGGGCGCUGCACCAGGCCGAGCUGCUGCAGGCCGAUGAGCGCGCCGCCCAGCGCUACGUGCGGCAGAGCGAGGAGCUGCGGGCGCAGCUGGAGAGAGAGCGGGACGAGUGCUGCCAGAGGGAGCGCGAGCUGGCCAAGCAGAGGUUCGAGAAGCAGCUGCAGGAGGAGGAACAGGCUCUCCAGCAGCAGAGGAGGCGGCUCUAUAAGGACGUGGCAGAGGAGAAGGAGAGACUGGCCCAGCUGGCAACCAGGCAGCGCGCAGAACUGGACGACCUAAGGAGGCACCUGGAGGAAAACAGCACCCUGGCCAGACAGGCCCUCCGUGAGGAGCUGGACAAGUCCCGCGAGGAGCAGGAGAGGAGGCAUCAGGCAGAGCUGAAGGCCUUGAGGGAGCGGAUGGAGAUUGAGAAGCAGGCCUGGGAGGAGAACUACAUGAAGAAGGAGGAAACGUGGCUGCUGAGCCGUGAGCGAGAGCUGAAGCAGGAAGUGCUCAGGGGGAGGGAUAAGGAGAUCGAGCUGGCCAUCCAGAGGCUGGAGGAGGAGACCAACGAGGCCCGGGAGGAGUGCGAGAGGGCGGCAGAGAACCGGGUGAAGCGGGUGCGGGAUAAGUUCGAGGCCGAGCUGCGGGAGAUGGAGCGCUCGGAGAGGACGGCGCAGGACAGGUGCCGGGAGCUGAAGCAGAGGCAGGCUGAGAUGGAGGCCGAGAUCCUGCACAUGCAGGCCGUUCUGCGGCAAAAAGAGCAGGAGGUGCAGGACGUCUCCCAGGUGCGGGACAAGCUAGCGGAAGAGCGCCGCAGCCUGGCCGAAGUGAUCCGACAAGAGUUCGCCGAGCGGCUGGUGCUCACCGAGGAGGAGAACCGGCAGAAGAAGAUGGAGGUUUCAGAGCUGCGGGCACGCCUUCGCUUGGAGGUGGAGAGGGUGGCCCGUGAGAAGGAGGAGGAGCUGACCGAGGUCCAUCAGCGGGUGAAGUCGGCCAUCCUGAAAAAGGACGAGAUGGUCAGUAACCUCCGGAAGCAGUAUGAAGCUGCCGUUAAGCGGGCCGACCACCUGGAAUCCCUGCUGGAACAGCAGCGGAAGCAUCUUCUGGACAAAUGAGGGGGUGUAGACGCCGCCUCCAAGCCCCAUCGACAGCCACGGCCAGCACCCUUUGUCCUCUCAGCUAGCUGGAUGUUUCUGACCGAUACUCUCUAGGGCUUCAGCAAACAGCACCUUCUUGCUAUUGUUUAUCCACGUUAUUAGGUAUGGACUGGGGCUUUGCCUUACCGACACCACUGGACAUUCAGCUGGGAGCUGCAGGCUCCGUCUCCGCCCUCAUGUUCCAGGGUAAGACAGUCCCUGUCAUAGAAAUAAAGGGGGGAGGUGGUCAUUCUGUGAGACAAGGAAGGAGAGAUCAUUGGUGGGGUAGGGAGGGCUGCAAUUGGAAUGCCCCCCCCCCCCAGCCUGGCCCCAAGGACGCCGUGCCGGUUUCCAUGGCAACGUGCUGGGAAGGACACAGCAGUCUUUCUGGAGCCCAGAGGAAUCUCAGGGGAGGCAAGGGAGGAGCUGGUUUACAGUUUUACCAGGAACACCAAAACAUUCCGUCAGGGGACAAUGAAAUGGAGCAAAAGGCGGAGAGAGCGGCACGCGAUCGCGUGGUACACCUCCCCCGGUGAUCUGCUUAUGACUGUAUUUUCAGGUGCCUCUCACGUCCCUUGGGGGGUAAACUUGGCCAUGUGAGCCGCGGGCCAGAUCUCCUGGCUCUGUGGGGGCCCUCUGGCACAGAAGGGGCUUUCAGAAGCAGGCAUGCGUUUGAAUGAGAAUGGCCUUUUUCGGAGCUGCACAUAUGAUUUGACUCAGUGACCCUCUGGGCUUUUAAUAAUUACAAGAUUUCCAAAUUGGACUCCCUCCCCCACCCUACACACACACACACACAACGAUUUCAUCACAGUGAGGUCUGUUAUUUUAGUAAUAGAUCUAAUCUCACAUGUAAAAUACUUUGGGACAUUGUGAAAGUGGACAGAAGAUAAAAUGGAAGAUACUGUUAUUUGUGUUUUAAGGAAAGGAAUAGAAGGAAUCAGAUGAAUGUCGGCUCGUAGCUAAUUAGUGGGUGCAGAGGGGCAGUCUUGCUGUGAUGAGGGCUCUGAAUGUAGGGGAGGAGGAGGGGAGGGGCUAGGGAAUGUACAGAAGUAAGCCUGUAAGGAUGGGGGUGUUCUGGUGAAGGCAGGGCAGCGCUGAGUGUUCUUCGGGGAUGCAGCUUCAGACGGGGCGUGCAGAACUCUACACUUCAUGCUGGUAUCUUGGGUGUCGCCCUUACGGGAGUGAAUACGCAGCCUCACUGCGCGCCCGGCACAGCCUAGAUAUCCACCACCGUACCAGCGGCCAAAGCCGUACUUCCCCGCCAUGGACCGGGCUGUUGUCUUCUGUUUUUAUUUCUUGUCUUUUUUUGCGUUUUCCCUAUUCUGUACGCAUUUCUUUCUCCAUGUCGGUACAUGUAAAUCGUGACUACUUUGUGUUGUUCUGUAGUAAUCCAUUAAAAAUAUGUCAGUUUUACAAAACUAUAA